CCACCUCUGCAGAGUGACAGCACUCCGGACCCUCUCAAUCCGAGUCAAUCUCCACACUGUCACUGCCAGCCUGCUCGUUCAUGAGAAAAAAACGGAAGAAACUAAAGAAAGAUGUCGAAGUGCUGGACCACGUAAGAGUAUAGGGGCUGCUGUUCGGACGAUGGAAAACCUGUUGAGGCGCACGGCAACUUUUGAAUGGAUAUUGUGUACCGGGAUAUGGUAUACAGGCCUGUAGGGUCUGUAGGGCUGGUGAUUUCGUCUCGCCGGACUUUUGAGUUGAAUAAUGUCUGCAGGGCGAACGUUUAACUGGAUUUCUGCUGAUAACACAGAAGGGAAAACUCAAACGAAAAGCAGCAGGGUACGCGAUCUCCAUCCAGUCAGAGGCGUCUCGGUCACAACCAAACAACAGCGUGUCUAAUUUGGCGUCCAGAAUACUUUUACGCGAACCCUGUGAACCCCAACAUUAAACGUGUUGGACAAAACCAAAUGCAGAGAAAAAGAUGCAUUUGGGUAAAGCCGUUCUGUUUGUCCUGCUGCUCAACUGCGUGACGCUGAGUCUGUCCCUUUCGACCUGUGCCACGGUUGACAUCGACCAUGUGAAGAGGAAGAGGGUCGAGGCGAUCCGGGGUCAGAUCCUGAGCAAACUGAGACUGACCAGUCCGCCCCAGUCACUCGGACCUAGCAACGUGACCUAUCAGAUCCAGGCGCUGUACAACAGCACCAGGGAGCUACUGGAGGAGCUGGGCCGGGACCGCCAGCAGAGCUGUGGCCAGGACAACACGGAGACCGAGUACUACGCCAAGGAGAUCUAUAAGUUCAACAUGGUCUCUGGACCUCCGGAGAACAACGACCUUCCCUCCUGCCCCAAAGGCAUCACCUCAAAAGGGUUCCGCUUCAACGUGUCCACCAUGGAGAGGAACGCCACCAACCUCUUCAGGGCUGAGUUCAGGGCCCUGCGUGUCCCCAACCCCACCGCCCGGAGGAACGAACAGAGGAUAGAGCUCUACCAGAUCCUUCGGCCCAAUGAGCACAUCGGGAAACAGCGCUACAUCGGAGCCAAGAACGUCCUCACCAGAGGAACCCCGGAGUGGGUCUCCUUCGACGUCACCGAGACGGUGCGGGAGUGGCUGAUGAAGAGAGGAACCAACCUGGGGCUGGAGAUGAGCGUGCACUGCCCCUGCCACACCUUCAACCCCAACGGUGACAUCAACGACAACGUGAACGAGGUCCUGGAGGUCAAGUUCAAAGGGGCCGAAGGGGACAAUGAAGAACAGCGGCCCAUUGACCCCGACCGGCCCAAGAGGCAGAAGGACCUGUACCUGCCCCACCUCAUCCUCAUGAUGAUCCCCCCCCACCGCCUGGAGAACCAGUCCCACCGCCGGCGCAAGAGAGCCCUGGACACCAACUACUGCUUCACCAACGUGGAAGAGAACUGCUGCGUGCGCCGGCUCUACAUCGACUUCCGUCAGGACCUGGACUGGAAGUGGAUCCACGAGCCAAAGGGGUACUACGCCAACUACUGCUCGGGUCCCUGCCCCUACCUGAGGAGCUCCGACACCACCCACAGCACCCUGCUCAGCCUGUACAACACCCUGAACCCCGAGGCCUCGGCCUCGCCCUGCUGCGUACCCCAGGACCUGGAGCCCCUCACCAUCCUGUACUACUCCGGCCGGACCCCCAAAGUGGAGCAGCUCUCCAACAUGAUCGUCAAGUCCUGCAAGUGCAGCUGAGGGCUGCACCGCGGUACACCACAGUAAGAAUCCACGCCCAGCAGUAGUAGAAGUUAAAGUAGAAGAAGUAGUAAAUGGACUGCAUUUAUACAGAGCUUUCUAACCAGUGGCCACUCAAAGAGCUUCACAAUAUUGCCCAACAUUCGCCCAUUCAUGGACACAUUCACACAGCGACAACGGAGUCAACCAUUCAAGGGGACAGCCAGCUGGUCGGCAGCCGUUAGGGUGAGGUGUCUUGCUCAGGGACACCUCGACACUCUAGGAGAAGCCGGGGGACCGAACUAGCAACCUUCCGGUUACAAGACAACCCGCUCUACCUCCUGAGCCACAUGCCUCCCUAGCAGUUGUAGUUGUAGUAUCAGUAUUAUCAGUAGUAGUAGUAGUAGUAGUAUCAGUAGUAGUAGUAGUAGUAGUAGUAGUAGUAGUAGUAUCCCAUUGACUCUACCCACGUCCCGUCGCCCAACGGACCCGUCGCCGAGAGACGGGAAGGAACAAUAAUCGACGAAAACAAACCCAACCCCUCCCUCCAGUGUCUUUCUGUUUGUUGCUCCGAUGGACUCUGUUGUUGUUGUUGUUGUUGUUGUUGUUGUUGUUGUUGUUGUUGUUGUUGUUGUUGUUGUUGUUGUUGUUGUAAGCCCAUGUGGCUUCAGUUUGAACACCACUCUGAGGAACCCCUGCUGUAGCUAAAGAUGUUGCAGGAGGUCUUGCUGAAAAGCCUCUCGACUUUCUUUGGUUUCUUCAUUAUUAUGUCACUCCAUUUGGACGAUUCUAGCUGUUGGAUAACAGAGGACCUAAUCCUAGGGAGUUACACAAUAUGGUAGAUGAAUGGAAGUGGCGGGUUGGGGUUGGCUGUGGGACAGGGGGGGGCAUUUAAUAGUAUCGGUGACAGUUGGGAUAUUCUUUUUCCACAAUUACGGCUGUAAUUUUCCAUCUGCCUGCGAGUCUCCCACACAUAGCGGAGGCCCUGGGUUGCGCUGCCUGAGCCUGGAGAAAAGAUUGAUUCGUUACCCAGGCCUGGGAAACAGCCCCAUGUUCUUCGUCACGAAGUACACUAUAGGCUGCCGGUCGCACGCAACGUCAGACGUUCGGUUUAAACGCUGUACGGCUCAAAACCUUUUUUUUUCCCUCUCUCCCCUUUUGCAAAAAACAAACGGUGGGCAUUAUCUUCAGACACGAGAGAGCGAGCGAGAGAGAGAGAGAGACUCUGCUGCUGUAUCCAAAAGCCAUAGCUGUGGUCAGGGGGGA